AUGGAGGUUGAUUUAAUGCAGAUCGACUCGGUACAAGAGGCUCCAGGUCUCGAGGACAAGAAGGUCUCGGAGUUUCACGAGGUGUUUUCUAUCUUUGAUAAGAACGGCGAUGCCACCUCCGCAAAAAAACUAGGCAAAAUCACCGCCGCGGAGCUCGGCAUCGUCAUGCGAUCACUCGGCCACAACCCGUCCGAGACGGAGCUGCAGGACAUGGUCAACGAAGCCGAUGCGGACAACAAUGGCACGAUUGACUUUGACGGUACGUUUCACUCGGCAAGCAUGGGUCGGUGGUGGCAAUUUCGUGAUAACAGAACGAGGGUCUCGGAGAAUAUCUUUGUGGCUGACGUGUUUCAUCCUUUCUCCAACACAAAAGAGUUCUUGGCUAUGAUGGCAUGGAAAAUGAAGGAAGCAGACCACGAGCAGGAACUCCGGGAGGCCUUCAACGUGUUCGAUCGCGACAACGACGGUUUCAUCACGGCGGAAGAGCUGCGCCACGUCAUGACAUCGAUGAGCGAGAGCGAGCAGCUCACGGAUGUCGAGCUCGAUGUCAUGAUCCGAGAAGCGGAUCAGAAUGGAGACGGCCAGAUUGACUGUAAGUGGAUCGCCAUGGGUUGA